AUGAGUCAUCCUGCAGACCCAGCGACCGCCACCACCCCCCUCCCCCCUCCAGGCACCACCCCAAAGUACGUCGGCCGAGAAGAGACUGUGGUAUCUGUUGGGCCCUACGUCACUGCCGAUUCACAGGUGGUCGAAAUGAGUCUUGCGGCACAUCACAGCGCUUCUCGGCUACUCGUCCUGAUCCAAAGUGUUCUAACCUCUUUAUUAAUCUCGAUAAUUCAUUACACCACUGCCAAAUAUUUUGAGCCUGUUCUAGACUCAAUUACCACCAAGGUUGCACGGGCUGAGAACCAACUAUUGACUUUGCCUUUUUACACUCCUCACAAGAACUGCUCAGCCUCUCUCACGUUUAUGGGCGACCCCAAUCACUCUACCGAUAAAGUAUUGAGACCUGCCACACUCCGCUCAACUAGCAUUCACGAUACUGGAUGUCAACCUUCCAGACGGCCUUACCCGCAAUUCUCAUACUCCGUCAAUCAACAAUUCACCCACGUCAAUUGGCCAAACCACCACGGACAAUUUACCACUAUCAAGUUCCACCGUCGUGGGAGGCACAACGCUUGCCCUAUUUGGGAAAAAGCGGACGUUGAGGAAAGGAAAGCAACGUUGUUUCGUCCAUCAGAUGGCAAUGUUUCUUCGACAACACCUAGCAAAUCUGUAAUACCUUCCGAGAGUGAUCCUAAUUCAUUGAAUUCGGAGGUUCCUGACUCGUCAAAAAACAAGAACGCUGUGAUCUCCCUCGACUUGAAUGGCUUCAUCAACUGGCAUUCCGGCAGAUCGAAAAAAUACAUGCUAAACGGCAAAAAGUUGGGACAUGUACUUCGCAGCCCGCCGCCGGCAACACUUCUGCGCUUUACUCUCCUCAUCACCUGGCAGAUAUCUUCACGGUGGGUGAUCCGGAUAUGGUACAUGACAAUCCAAUCGAAAGCAAGCACACUGGACUCCACAGAAGUCACCGAAAUGGUCCAAAUUGAGACCCAAGAAAAGUGUGCGGGAUGUUCUGAACAAUAUCUUGAGUUACCCGCCUACCAGGCACUGACACGUGAUGAGAGGGACCUUGUAUGGCGUUUCCGGUUCUAUUUGUCUCACAACAAGCGAGCUCUGACAAAAUUCCUCAAGUCGGUUGUGUGGUUGGAAAAGGGGGAGGACAGUCAAGCGAUUGGUAACCUCUUACCGAUCUGGUCUGUAAUCAGUCUGGACGAUGCGCUAGAGCUCCUAGGGCCAUCAGAAGAUUACCGGGAGCCACGAGUGAAGCAGUUCGCGGUUCAACAACUCGCCCGGGCCGAGGAUGAUGAGCUGGUGCUCCAUCUCUUACAACCAGUUCAAGCGUUGAAGUUCGACCGGUCACCUUCAGUCAGCACAGCUCAUAACAAAACCAGCCCAUCGAGUACAGUCACCUCUCCAAUAGCCCAAUCCCAACGUUUUUCUGCUGGUCCCUCUCAGCGAGUCAGUGUUGGUAGUAGCAGCACCGUGCUGGGAAGGGAGAAUAGGUCCUCCUUUGCACCAAGCCCGCUGAGUCUCAAAGACUUCUUGAUCAAAAAAAGCUGUGCAAACCCAACUGUUUUGGGCUAUCAGUUCUACUGGUACCUUACCGUAGAAGCCAGCGCCGAGGGAGAUAAAUCCACGCAAGUCAUGUACGGGAGAGUCUUGCAAAAAUUCUAUGACAAAAUGCGUGAGUUGGCCAAUGAGAUCCGGACAUCAAAAGACGGGAGGCCGAAGAAGAUUGAAAAAGUAAAACACGUGUUGAAGGAUCCGGCAAAGCUAGCGCAACUGUUUUCUGCCGAGAGCACAAACGGGACGGAGUAUCCGGUGAUCUUCAAAGACGGCGGUGAUCUCAGACAAGACCAACUACUCAUCAGCUUGAUGGACCGUCUCCUUAGGAAAGAGAACCUUGAUCUUCGCCUGACCCCCUAUAAAGUCUUAGCCACCGGUCAGACCGUUGGCCUUGUCCAGUUCAUCACCUCUAAAACCCUCGGCGAGGUUGCCGCUGUCUAUCCUGGUGGCAUCUUGGAAUACCUCAGGACUGCGAAUCCCGAUCCAAGUGGUAGUCUUGGUCAUUAUGGUGUUUUACCCAGUGUUUUAGAAAACUUUGUGAGGAAUUGUGCGGGAUACUGUGUGGUAACGUAUAUUUUAGGAGUGGGGGACCGACAUCUAGACAAUCUGAUGAUUUCGCCUAGCAGGAAUUUCCUCCAUGUGGAUUUUGGGUACAUCCUCAGCCGGGGCCCGAAGCCAUUUCCACCGUUGAUCAAAAUGUGCGAGAUGGUAGACGGAAUGGCCGGCAACAAGUCUUCACACUAUAGACGCUUCAAACGGCUCUGCUACACCGCCUUUAUCCAUCUCUGUAAGAGCUCCGGCUUGAUCAUCAAUCUCGUCGGCCUCAUGAUCAAGGCCAACAUCCCCGAUAUUAAGCUUGAGCCCAAUAAAACAGUCAUGAAGGUUCAAGAAAAAUUUAGAUUGGACUUGUCUGAAGAAGAAGCAAUCAAACAUUUCAAAGACAAGCUCAAUGAUACUUCUUAUUUCACCGUUGUCUUCAACAAGUUGGAAUCCAUGCCGUAG